CCCGGACCCGCUCGGCGCAGCCCCCCCGCCCGGCCCGCCCCCUCCUCCCCGCCCCAGCCAGCGCCGCUCGCCCCCUCCCCGGCCCCUGCUCCUGGCCCCCGCCGCGGGACGAGGAGGAGGGCUCCCCGCAGACAAUGGACGAGCACCCAGGAGCCGGAGGAGGCGGUGGGAUGGCGGCCGCCCCGAGACCGCAGCAGCCGCCGCCGCAGGCGGGUGGGAACAUGAACCUGCAGUCGGGUGGGGGCUGCGUGGGGGUCGGAGCCGGCGGAGGAGGAGGGCAACAGCCGCAGCCCCAGGGCCCCGCGGCCCCGGCCGGUCAGGAGGCGGCGGGCCCCGCCGAGCUGUCCCGGCCCCAGCACUACACCAUCCCGGGGAUCCUGCACUACAUCCAGCACGAGUGGGCUCGCUUCGAGAUGGAGAGGGCGCACUGGGAGGUGGAGCGGGCCGAGCUCCAGGCUCGGAUAGCGUUUUUACAAGGGGAAAGAAAGGGCCAAGAAAAUUUGAAGAAAGAUUUAGUGAGAAGAAUAAAAAUGUUGGAGUAUGCAUUAAAACAAGAAAGGGCAAAAUAUCAUAAAUUAAAAUAUGGCACAGAAUUGAACCAAGGUGACUUGAAAAUGCCAACUUUUGAAUCAGAAGAUACCAAAGAUACAGAGGUUCCUGCAGUACCUCAGAAUAGCCAAUUGACCUGGAAGCAAGGCAGACAGUUACUGCGACAGUAUCUUCAGGAAGUAGGUUAUACAGAUACAAUAUUGGAUGUACGCUCCCAGCGGGUAAGGUCUUUGCUUGGGCUCUCCAAUUCAGAACCAAAUGGUUCAGUAGAGACAAAGAACUUAGAACAGAUCCUGAAUGGGGGUGAAUCUCCUUCGUCAAAACAAAAGGGACAGGAAAUCAAAAGGAAUUCUGGUGAUGUUCUUGAAACAUUCAAUUUCUUAGAAAAUGCAGAUGAUAGUGAUGAAGAAGAGGAGAAUGACAUGAUAGAAGAUAUUGCAGAAGGAAAAGAAAAGCAUCGGAUAAAUAAGAAACACAAAAUUGGUAAUGAAGGUUUAGCUGCUGACCUUACAGAUGACCCUGAUACUGAAGAAGCUUUGAAAGAAUUUGACUUUCUAGUGACAGCUGAAGAUGGUGAGGGAGCUGGAGAAGCUCGAAGUUCAGGAGAUGGAACAGAGUGGGACAAAGAUGACCUGUCCCCAACUGCUGAGGUUUGGGAUGUAGACCAGGGACUAAUAAGUAAACUGAAGGAACAGUACAAGAAGGAACGAAAGGGGAAGAAAGGGGUAAAGAGAGUCAACAGGACAAAACUUCACGACAUGAUAGCUGAUCUGGGCGAUGAUGAGAUACCCCACAUCCCUUCAGGAAUCAUUAAUCAAUCUAGGUCACCCUCUUCUAGAAUGACUGAUCAUGAAGGUGCAAGAGCAGAGGAAGCUGAGCCAAUAACGUUUCCACCUGGAGGAGGCAAGUCAUUUAUUAUGGGUUCUGAUGAUGUGUUGUUAAGUGUACUGGGCCUUGGAGACCUUGCAGACUUGACAGUAACAAAUGAUGCAGACUAUAGUUAUGAUUUGCCAGCUAAUAAAGAUGCCUUCCGAAAGACAUGGAACCCUAAGUAUACGCUACGCAGUCAUUUUGAUGGAGUGCGAGCAUUAGCUUUUCAUCCUGUAGAGCCUGUGCUGGUUACAGCCUCUGAGGACCAUACUCUAAAACUCUGGAAUUUGCAGAAAACAGUUCCUGCCAAAAAGAGUGCCUCUUUAGAUGUAGAACCCAUCUACACAUUUAGGGCCCACAUUGGACCGGUAUUGUCAUUGGCAAUUAGUUCCAGUGGAGAACAGUGUUUCAGUGGUGGUAUUGAUGCAACCAUCCAGUGGUGGAACAUGCCUAGCCCUAAUGUGGAUCCAUAUGAUACCUAUGAGCCAAACGUUCUAGCUGGCACAUUAAUUGCUCACACAGAUGCAGUCUGGGGUCUUGCCUACAGUGGUGUAAAGAAUCACUUACUCUCUUGUUCAGCAGAUGGCACUAUUAGGUUAUGGAACCCGCCGGAAAAAAAUCCCUGUAUUUGCACUUACAAUGGAGAGAAAGAGCAUGGAAUACCCACAUCAGUCGACUUUAUAGGUUGUGACCCUGCUCAUAUGGUGGCAUCUUUUAACACUGGCAGCACAGUCAUCUAUGAUUUAGAAACAUCCCAGUCAGUGGUAAUGUUUUCAUCACAAGUAGAAUCUGGUGUACAAUCAAAUAAUCAUAUUAACAAGGUAGUAAGUCAUCCCACACUUCCUGUAACUAUUACAGCACAUGAAGAUAGACACAUCAAAUUUUUUGACAACAAAACGGGUAAAAUGAUCCAUUCUAUGGUUGCUCACUUGGAUGCUGUCACAAGCCUAGCUGUAGAUCCUAAUGGAAUCUAUUUAAUGUCUGGAAGCCAUGAUUGUUCCAUUAGGUUGUGGAAUUUGGACAGCAAGACAUGUGUGCAAGAAAUAACAGCUCAUAGGAAAAAGCUGGAUGAAUCAAUUUAUGAUGUAGCAUUUCAUCCAUCAAAAGCAUAUAUUGCCAGUGCAGGAGCUGAUGCCCUUGCCAAAGUAUUUGUGUGACAUAGCAGAACAAACCUGCAUCAUAACAGCAGGUCUGUUUGGACAAAAAAGAGGGAAUGCGUCACUGCCAUCAAUUAUAAGGUUACCAAUAUGACACUACAUCUGAUCUGCCUGGGUGAAGGCUCUUAAGUGGGGCAGGUAGAAGUUGGUGAAAAGUCACCACAUCCUGAACAAUGUCAGGCUCAUUCAUUUAACUGUAAUUACUGUAUUUGGGGGGGUGGGGACAAAUACAAAAAAGAAAACCAGUAUUUGUAGCCUUGACUGGAUAUGAACUGAGCGUAUGUCUGUUCUUUAGGUGUCUUUAAGCAAACGUGGAGUCUGAUCUUACAAAAGACUUUUAUUUUGGACUCUGUGUGCUGCCUUAGGGUUAGGAAUGUGGUGCUCUUGUGGGGGGAAGUGAGCUCCAAGAGUAGCUUUCUUUUCAUCUCUUAGUAAUCUUCUGUUUAUCAGUUGAAUGCCACAGAUUCCCCUUUUAAACUUUUAUUUUGCUUUAAAGAAAAGGAAAUUUAACUUAAAAUAUUUUAGCAUUAGUUGCACAAAAUGUUUGGAUAAAAUUCUAGUUUUUAUAAGUCUUUUUAUAUAUUUAGCCUGUCACAACAGUGCUCAAGAUUGUAUUGAUAAUGUUUUUCUGCAUUAUAGAACCCUAAAACACAGAGAUCUCACUGACCCGCUGCCGUGUAACCACAAUCUUCCCUUCUUUUGCCUAAUACAGCUCAGCUAAGUCCUUGCUUAAGGAUGCUAAUUCAUCAUCAUCGCAUAACUGUCUUCAUAAAUAAAGGACUGUAAAAUGUGUUCAAAUGAAACACAGAGGGGUUAACACCCCUAAAUGAACUCUUAAAAAAAAUUAAUCUUGGCAUCCUAUCACUAUGUGAUAUUUUGUACAUCUUACUGUAUUUACGAGUUUAUUUAUCAAGGAUUACCCAUCUUGCUAAUGGCCUAUUGUUAUUUAUUUCACUUUUUGUUGGUCUUUAUAUCCUUUUAUGUAGUGUGUUAAAGGGCCCUGUAUAUCUGUUAUGGCACUCUUUGAACAGUCUAAAAUAGAUGAGAAAAUGGGACAUUUGAUAAUUCUAAAGUUGCAAACCAAGAAAUUCUUUUUCCUCUGGUUAAAAGUACCUGGAGUGGAGUUGAUUCCAAAAAAACAAUCUUGUUUCAGAACCUUUGGAGUGAAAAUUAUUUUUAUUUGCAUUUCAAAUAGAAUACAAAAGUAGUUAAUUCAAGAUUCAUAAAUCUGCUGUGUUUUGACUAGUUACUCCCUGCUUUUAUUUUAUUUUUCAGAAGUGCUUCAGUUUAUGGUGUAACUAAAAAUUUUGUUUGUGUAAUGCAUGAUUAAUACAAAAAAGUAUUUUUUCUAGUCUUCCACAAAACUUUUCUGAUCAGUUUGCGAGUUUUGAUGAGUUUUGUAAGGUUUCUGUUUUACAAACUAUGAAUCAGCAAAUUUUUAAGAUUGUACCGCAUAGCAAAAGUACAGCUGUUGAAAAAUAAUGUAUAUAAAAUGCAUAUAAUAAAUAUUAAAUGGUGUACCUGUA